GGUCGACGAGCCCACGGCCAGCGCCAGCGCCUCCGACCCCACCUUGUUUGCAGCUGGCUCACGGCAGCACCAAACACGGCACCCGCUUCCCAGACCAACGCUUCGCGGCCCAAAUGGAUGGGUCGCUCCGCGCGUGAUAGGCGCACAGCGCUCGCAGGCCGGCCACACCCAAUCAGCCGGCAGCGUAGGCGCGCAGCGGGUUGAGCACUACGGUGACGACGGCCGAGCAGCCCGCGCGACGCCGCAUCCGAGCGCACGAAGAUGCUGAGCUCGUCCGACUCGCACCGCCGCCGCAAGAAGGAGGACCGCGAGCGCAAGGAGCGGGACGGCACGCGCACCGACCGGGACAGCAAGGACCGCGACCGAGACAGAGAGAGAGAAAAGGACAGAGAUAGAGAGAAGGAUAAGGACAGAGACCGAGACAAGGACAGAGACAAGGACAAGGACAAGGACCGCGAGCGCCGCAAGAGCACCCGCGCCCGCAAGACGCGCUCGUCCGGCGACAAGGACGACGACGACAGCCUGCGCGAGCGCCCGUCCAAGGAGCGCAUCGCCCGCACCCCGUCGACGUCGCUCCCGUCCAAGGAGCGCCUCAGCCGCACGCCGUCGACCUCACACCCAGCGCCCACCCGCACGCCGUCGACCUCGCACCCGGCGCCCACCCGCACCCCCUCGGGCUCGCACGCCCCCAAGAUGGCCGGCAUCCCCGAGCUGAUGCGCCGCAGCAGCAUCGACAGCGGCAACGGCUCGCGCGUGAGCCUGCCCUACCCCGCCGUCGACAAGACGUACAGCAAGGAGAGCAUCUACGCCCGCGACGACAGCCGCAAGGCCGCCAUGACCCCCGACCUGACCGACGGCGACGACCCCGACCACCGCGACUCGAUGCCGCCGCCCACACGCGCGCCCCCGCCGCCGCCGCGCGCCCCGCCCAGCCCGCCUGCCGACCUGCGCAAGACGGCCAGCACCAACAGCUCGCGCCGCACCUCCGAGGCCCUGCACCGCGAGAUGGAGGCCGGCCGCCGCAGCGUCGACACGGCCCGCGACAUGGAUGGCCGCCGCAGCGUCGACAACUCGACCCGCGUGUCGACGCCCGCCGGCCAGCGCCACACGGCCUCGCGCAGCAGCGUGCGCGAGCAGGACUCGAUGACCGACCUGACCUCGACCACCGGCUCGCAGCCCAGCACCAUCCGCGCAAAGUCGCCGCGCGCCCGCUCGCCCCACGCCGUGCCCACCCGCACCAAGACGGCCAGCCCCGCCAGCGCCCGCACCGCGAAGACCCCCGGCUCCAAGACGUACAAGGCCAAGACGCGGCCCCGCGGCUCGUCCGAGCUGACCCUCGACGACGAGCCCGCCGUGCCGCUCUACCACGCCCGCCGCACCCGCUCGCCCGCCUACUCCGACGCCUCGCCCGCCUCCGUCGUCGACUCGUCGCCGCGCACCCCCACCCAGCACGCCACCCUGCCGGCCACCGUCUUCUACGACAAAGACCGCCCGGCCACCGUUGAGAUCCUCGACCCCGUCUCGCGCGAGUCGUCCGUCAACCCCGCCUAUGGCUCGCCCAUGCCACCACCACCGCCGCCGCCGCCGCCGCCGCCGCCGCCGCCGCCCGCAAUGACAGGCGACCCGCCGCGCGUUGACUACCUCCUCCAGCACGGCGGCCUGCCGCGCCCCAUUCCGCGCAGCCUGCUGGGCGCCAUCGAGGGCGCCUCGGUGCCCGCCUACUCGUCCUACAUGUCGCCCGCCACGAGCGGCGCCCAGGGCCACGACGUGCGCACGCUGUUCCGCCCGCUACAGAACGUGCUGAACCAGUACAACACCGUCAUCGACACCAACGGCUCGCUCGCCGUGGCCACCGGCUACCGCUCCAUAGCCCGUCGGCUGCUGGACCGCCUCGAGAACGUCUUUGCGCGCAACAUCUCCUCAGAGCACUGCCAGUGCAUGAUGUGCUUCGACCAGCCCAUCCCCGAAGACAGCUCUGGUGUGAACUGGGGCGAGAUCCUGGAGCUCGUCUCUGGCCGCUGCGAGCUGCCGACGUGGCCGCCGUACAACGACCCGGUCGCGCCUGGCCUGGGCAUCUCUGAGCUGGGUGAGCCGUGCCAGCAGAUCGACAUUGACGUGCCCGACCAGUACCGAGCCCACUACGAGAAGCAGGCGAAGAAGACAAAGUCUUCCGUCCAGUCGUGGCUCACAGACCAGCAGGACAACUCGCCCGAGGAGGCCGACGACGAGACGCUGUCGUUCAUCAUGCUCACACGUCUGAGCCAGCCACAGCGCCCGCUCUAUUACGCCCUCCUCUGGGGCCUGGACAAGCUCCCCAACCCCCGCACACAGAAGCCCGACGCCGGCUCACCGCCAUACCUGGACAAAGCCGGGCUGGCCCUGCAGCGCCUGUACCGCCUCGGCAAAGAGCCCCGCGACCAGCUCACCGUCAUGUACCUGAUCCGCAACCCGGACAUGCACAACAUCCUCGCCACCCUCGCCGCCGUCACCAAGCACGAGUGGGAGAUCCUCGUCUCCGGCCGCUUCGACGGCUUCCUGUGGUCGGGCGCCGAGGACCUCGCGCCGGGCCAAAUCCCCCCUACCGAUGGGCCCCAGCGCUUCGCCUCCCCCAGCCCCGCAACCCCCUUCCAGCCCUUCCCAAACCCGCAGUCGCGCCCGCCCUCCGUCCGCCCCGGCUCCACACGCCCCGGCUCCGUCCGCCCAGGCUCCACGCGGCCCCAAGCCGGCCCAGCCCCCGUCCAAAUCGACGAGGAAACCGAAGUCGCCGUGCUCGCCGAAAUCGAGCGCGAAAUCUACCUCGGCAUGGAGGCCAUGGAAGACGCCUUCGAGCACCUGCACAACCAGGCCGAGCAAGUGCGGCGCCGACUGCGCGAGCGCGCCGCCGCGCUCUCCAUCGUAGCGCUGCAGCGCCGCGGGCCCGCCGCCGGCGAGGACGAUAUCGGCGUCCGCAUGGGCACGCCCGCAGGCUUCGACGCGGAUGACGGCGUCGACGAGCGCAGCGAGAUCGGGCCCGACGAUAGCGCGAGUAAUGUUAGUUAUAACCGCAGGCGCAAGGCGAAGCGCGAGAGGGAGCGCAGGACGCCGGCGCCGGUCGAGGAGGAGAGUGAGGGCGAGAGCACGCUGGCGGACCGCGUGAGGCGGAGGUAUUAAGUCAUGUCGGGGAAUUGGGGAGGUAUUAAGUUGAUGUUUGGGGACGGUCGGCGGUUGCAGAGGUAUCAGGCGGACGUUUCCACAGCACCAGGUGGACGAAUAU